GUGAAACUUAAAUUUUUGAAAUAUUGUUCUAUUUUUUGUUUCUUUUGUUUUGAUAAGUACAAAGUCGAAAAUAAUAGAAUCCUUCCUGGGUACAUUGUGUUAUCCUCAUAGUUUGUAGUUGUGCUAUAAAAUACAACAUUGCAAAACGAUUGUCAAUUGAAAUUUGUUUUCGCUUCAUUUAUAAAUGUGUUCUUUUUGCUUUUCUUUUAUCCAUUUGUUUCGUCAGUAUAAUUAUCGUCUUUUCAUAAGUGUGCGAUUGGAUAUGAGUUAAGAUUAAACGCAGUUGUGUCCUGUACUAAUCCUUUGGAAAAAUUUUUACAAGGCUAAUUAUUUAAUAUUAUGCAAAAGGAAAGACCGUGUUUGUUCAGUCUGUUGCCGUAUAAUUGAAAAUUGGUUCGCAAAAAUGGUUUUUCAAUUUGCGAACCUUAUGGUAGCUUAGGGAAACUUAUUCGCUAUCAAGAAGAUACAGCUACUAAACCAGACGAAGCUUCCCUGGAAAAAGUAAUAAGUGUUUUAAUAUAAUAAUAAGUGCUGUAAUUUCGAUCCGUCAUAAAUAAAACUAAUGAUAUAUUAAGUGGAAAACUUGAUAUAAGCGGGAAAGAGAUAUUCGCAUGUAGCAACUUUUUUUUUCCUAUUUUUUUAUUGUACACAUUUCUGACAUCACUCUCAAGAAAUACAGGGUUGAUAGAGACCCACAUUGUAUAAACUUAAAAUUUACUUUCAGUAUUUAAUUUAUGAUUUUCGCAUUUGAUUGUUAACACAUAUAUUUUAAAAGUAAUUUACUCUAUAUUACAUAUAUGAUGGAUAAUUCUAUAGAAUUUUUUAAAAGGUGAAAUAAUUAGUGUACAAUCCAUAUCAACCCUUCACUUUCUGUUUAUGUGUAGGUAAUGUUUUUGAUUUUCGUUUCGGUUUUAUUUUCUGUCUUUCGCAUCUUCGCUGUCAUUGUGGUUGGUUGUUCUGAUUAGCAUUUUCGCACGCGCCUCUAGUAAAUUCAUAAUUUUUAUAAAAAAUCUAAUUUGAAAAUAGUGCGAAGGUAUAAAAUGGAUAUUGAAGAUUAAAUGCAAAAAAUCGUCAUUGAGCCUUUUUAAAAGUAGUUUGCAGCAGAAGAUUAGUGUGCUGUUGACAUUGUGUAACCACGAAGUUGACAACAAAGAGUGUUUUUAAUUACUAAUUCGCACCCAUUUAUUGCAGAUUUCCUAGUGUUUUUAUAAUUUCUGCAGACCUUUAAAAAUAACUAAAAAUGUAUUCAACUAUUUUGUUGGAGUAAAUUCAUUGAACCACAAUCAAAUGAAACUAAAAUAUUGCAAAAAGGAGCCCAUGAUAACAUGCGAUAAAAGUCAAAUUGGCACAUGAGUGCAAAGAAAAAAAUUAGCAGUAUAAUAUUCUGAACAAAUGUUUUAAAAUUAAAUCGAGUGAAAGGUGAAUAAAGACGCCAGAACAUAAGCAAAUAAAUCAUUAAUGUAUAAAAAAUAUAAGAAAUUUCAAAAGUAUAAAAAAUAAAGUAAACGAAAGACAAAGAGAAAGUGCAAAAACAUACUUAGAGUGCAGCGACAAAAAUACUAAACAAAACAGUAAACGAGAGCAACUGACUACGACAUUGUUUAAAUAAAUUAAUUUUUCAAAUCACUGAAAUAUCUUUUUCUCAAUUUGAGUAUUUUGUAAAACAUAUAUCCGGAUAAAUUUGGAAGAAUAAAUUUAGCAAAAACUGUUCAUAAAACCUGUUGGGGGAAUAUGAGUUAUAAUAAAAAUAUUGAAAAUGAGAAACAAAAUCCAGUCAUUAUUGAAGAAUCAACAAUAUCAACUUCUGCAGUGACAACAGUGGCCGAUUCAAUAAACAUAAGCAGAGCAGUCGAAAAUGAUAAGUACAUCCAUAGUGAAAAGCAUAGUAGUGAAGUUUUUCAAUUACCAAUUCGGCACACAACAAAUGAGACAGCAGAGAAUUUAUUGCCAGUAAUUGGUAAAUCUAUGUUUGCAAUUAGUGAUGAAAGCGAAUUAGCAGACAUAGCAACUGUUGUUAGAGGAAAUGACGAUGGAAGUGCGAUCGCUAACGUCAUUAAACAAGAUGAGCAUAUUGCCAUACCGCCUGUCAUUGCUUCUAAAAAUCAACUAAGCGAUCAUUUGUGCAUUAAGAAUUUAACAACAAAGAGCAAUGAGAUCAAGCCAACGGAUGCUGAAAAAGCAGAUGUUGUGGGGGAUGGUACACAAUUGUCACAUUUUGCCAAAGAACCAUGCGCUGAAAUUGCAACAACACAGACAGUCACCGUACUAGAAAUAACAACAUCUAAACCACCUAUACCGCCUACGCCGCCCUCUUCACCGACAUCGCCCACCUUAGCAAUGUCAAUGCAAAGCGGCGCAACACAUCUUACGCACACCUCUAGUGAUACCACAUUAAGCGUACAGUCACAGAUGUGCCCCAAUCAGCAGCAGCAGAAAAUGAGAAGCUAUCAUGAUACUAAACAAACAACGAUGUGGUCUAAAGAUUCAGUGCUAGGGUCAAGCGGUAGUAUAAGCAUUGACAAAUCAGUUAUUAACACAAAAACAACGGUGUUAUCUAGACACACGGGUGCAAUUACAAAAACUGGUGCUUGUAGUGUUACAGUUUCCCCGUGCUCAUUACGCAAAGGAUCCGAUCCGAUUAGCGCAUUGCCCCGUCGAGUGUCAUUUCCAAAAAGUGAUAAUGAACUGGUUACUGGCUACCUGGAACCGGCAAACCCAUGGGGACAAGCAUGUUUGGUGAAGAGCAUUUCCGAAAUUGCCGAACUCUAUGUGAUGUCAUGCCGCAAACAUAAAACAAAACCCUUACAGACUGUAUUGGAUCACUUAAAAGGUGUUGAAUUAAAUAAACAACAACGUCAGCCACUGCUAUCGUUAAAAACAAUUAAAUUGGCCGCCAGCGAUUGUGAAGCAUUGGAGGAAAUUUUUAAACGGGUACAGUACAAAUUUAUAGAUCUCUCAUCAUGUGACCUGGACGAGUGGGCGACAAGCGCACUCUUUGAAAUGAUCGAGUAUUAUGAGGCCACCAAUGAAUUGGACAUUUCAUCCAAUUCCAAGGGUAUGACCAUGCGCGGUUGGGCUGGUUGCAUGGCUAUGGUGAAGCAUAGCGAAGAACUGCGUGUUCUAGUUGCACAAGGCAAUCCAAUUUCGAAGCAAAGCGCUGACGGUUUGGGACUAGCGAUAAGUGCAUCUAAUUUACAUACCUUAAAAUUGGAGCAUUGUGGUUUGAGGGGUGCGCUGGAUGGCUUAUGUUUUAAAUUGCGCUCGAAUUCUAUACUUAAAGAGCUAUGGUUAGCACAUAAUGAUUUAGAUUGUAAAGAUGCUGAAGCUAUAGGCUCUUUGCUGAAAUACAAUCACUACAUCGAACUGAUUGAUAUAAGCAACAACAAUAUUAGAGAUAUGGGUCUGCUUUACAUUGUUGACGCAUUAAUACUGCAAUCCAAUGAAUUGGAACGGCGUUCGAUGUUGCAUCGAUCGGCGGCAAUCGAUGACGACGACAGUUUGUCAUCAAUUGAUGCAUCACAAACAACUGAUUUAGACUCUAGUGAUUCGUUCAAUGCUAGUAGCAAGAGCAGCGUCGAAGAGAACGCGGAUAAUAGUGAAAGUGAAGAUAAAGUUCCAGAUAGUAAACAGAAAGUAAGCAAUACUGAUAACUCCACGGACGUUUUUAGCCCGCCAAAGGCAACCGAUAAAGUCACAAAAGGUGCACUGUUAGUUGAAGUAACAGUUUCACAAGCAAACAACACAAUUAUAAAUGGCAAAUCUUCAGUUGGCGCUGUUGUGGCGUUAACAACAGCGUCUAAUGUGGCAUCUUUGGACGAUAUGGACGGUGACGAUGAUACGGAAGAUACAGUAAAAUCAAGCAAUCAUAAAAAUGGUACAUUUGCGCCAACUGGCCAAUCAAUGUUGGAUAAGCUGCUGUCCAUGAAUAGCGAAAGCAGCAGCGAAGAGGGAGCCUCGAAUUUGUCCACAGAUACCAUAGCGGCAUGUGGCUCUGAAGAUGCAAGUAUUACUAGUGAUGAUAUAUUUGAUACGUCUGCAGCAACGGGGAUGACAAGUGCAUCGAACGAUACGCAUAAAACCACCUCUAACUCCAACAUGAAGGCAAGCGACUUACUGGGAGGUGUUGCAGCGCGGGAGGAAAGCGCGACGGACUUAAAGCUAUGUCAAGCUAAAGGAGUGGAGGAAAUGGUGUUGAUAGAUAUUACACCUUCUGAGACAGAUCCUGGCAUCACAACGCUUGACAACAGCAGCAAUGGCAGCAGUGCUGAAGGGACGGUUAGUCACAGUAACAACCAUAGUGAGACCAUAUCGACCAGUUCGCCAUCAAGUAAUGAUGAGAACAAUGGCAACAACAAUACAACUAGCAGCACAAUUUCCGACAUUAGUGGCGACGAAGACGUUUGCAGAAAGUAUCACGACUUAAGCGGACCGGCCGCGCAAGAUCAGGAUAAUCAGAAUCAAAAUAUACUCUUACGCCAGCAAGUGAACGCGCCGAAUGUCACCGAUAUCUUUGAAGUAACUGCCGGCGAAGGUGAUUGCACCAUUGCCGAAGCACCUGCCGCCAUUUCUAAUAUCGUUGACGGCGAUCGUUUACAGCUAGAUCAAACAGCAACAUUACUGCAGCAACAGUUGCCGGCUUCGAAGGCGGUCGAUGUAAAUAAGAAUACAAAGCUGGCCGAUGAUUACGACGAUACGCACAGUACAGAUUCUGCAUUUGAAAGUGCCUCCGAGGGUGAUAUUAGCAGACAUUUGCCAGAGGAAUAUAGUCGGUUAUCGUCUUCUUUUGACGGUGCGGCGAUGGACGAUAUUGUGAAAGGUGUAGCCAUUGAAACGGGUACUAUAGCUACUGAGUCUACAGAGUAUUUGGCAGACGCGGGUGUAACGCCAACUUCUACACCAACACCACCAUCACCAUUGAGUACACGACAAUUGGGUGUCUCACCACUAAGUGCAUUGGAGGAGGAUAUUGAUGCGAAUUGUCGAACAAUAACACCAAAUACGGUUUUCACAGCCAGUACAUAUGCUACUGUGGUGAAGGCGUCGAACGAAGAACAGAAAGCAAAAACUGCUGUGAGUACAGUUACAGCGACUACAGCAGCGGAUACACAUGAAAAUGUUUUAAAUGAAUUGCCUUCAAUGCCGAAAGUCACUAUCGUCUCUGAUAGUCUGGUGGCUAAGGAUAAGGAAGCGCAUAGUAAUCGAUUAAUACCAACACCACCGCCACCAUCGACCUCGCCAGGCGGCGCUAGUCAGGGUAUGCGUCGUACAGAGUCAUCGGUUACCUUUAUUACACCUGCCACUCGACAUCGCUCGCAAAGUUCAGAUAGCCUUUGUAGUGACAAUUCACUGGACGGCAGCAUUAGUAGUGAUCUAAAUUUCUCCACUUCAUCACAGCUAAAUGAGAAACUUACCAAAAAUGAUACACUCACGCGGCAACAACGACAAUCGGAUGCACGCAGCGAGCCUGCGGUGAAGACACCGAGUGGCUUGAAGGCGCUCGCCUUGUGGAAUAACAAUUUGAGUAAAGAGGCUGGCUACUACAUAGCGAACUUGUUGGCGGAGACCAAUUCACUUGAACUGCUAAACAUUGGCAAAAACUGCUUAUCAAAUGACUUCGUGACCCGAAUUAAAGAUAGUCUCAUGCGUAAUACCACGCUGACAACACUGGGUUUGCAGAGUGCACACCUUAGUGCGAAUGGUAUCGAGACGUUGGCUUCUAUACUGACUUUCGGUGGCAAUAGCACCUUGCAGCGUCUAGAUAUACGCGACAAUAAGUUGGAAGUGGAGAGUCUGACAAAAAUCGCUGAAGUGCUCAAAUCAAACACAACAAUCACACAAAUCGAUAUCGAUGAUGAGCCGAAGCGUUUGUCGUUUGAAAAAUUACAAAUUGUGCCUCAUGUCACGGAUAUAUACAACCAACAGACGACAAAAUCAGCGGAAUGUGUGGGCAGCGAGGCGCACAUGGACUAUACGCGCGUACUGGAAAACGUGCGCUCAAUGUGUUCGCGUAAUGAAAAGACACAGGCGCAAUUGCAAUCGGACAAAACACAUACAUGUGGCGCGGCCAAUAAACGACGCAGCGGCUACUACAUGGGCUCACGCAAAAUUUCAUUGACCUGCCAUACACGACCACUUUUUGAGUCUACUAGUGUGAUGACCGCCAGCGCCUCCCCAGCACCAUCGGCGGUCAAUACGAAGUUGGAAGCGAAGCGAAAAACCGGCGCACGCCUGCGCUCACCAGUGCCCAGUCCACCAACAGUUUCACCAUCUUCUUCGCCAAAUCGCAGCCGUUUUCAGGUAUUUCGUGUCACCGAAGACAGUCCGGCCACCUCGCCUUUGGCUCAAACACCGCCCUCAACCGCAUCAUCUACAUCAUCGCUAGCCACCAACAGCAAUGGUAGCACCGUUUCUAUGCCCGCUGAUAUGCCAUAUAAGAGUUCAUUGAGCGCCCAACCUGCGGCGACAUCAAGCUCCCUCCCUACAUCCAGUUCGCUGCCUUCAAUGGCUACUGUUACAUCGUCAACACAAUCUAUUAAACGAUUUUCAUCGUCGCAACGCUCACGUUUUCUGGUAUCGAAAAUCUACGAGGAUCCACGUGUGCCAUUAUCAAGUCGUUCAUUGCCGCCAAUUACCCCACCGAUCCAUUUGCCGCCUACACCAAUGGCAAAACAUGCACCCGAAAAUGCCAAGCUCACUAUAUACUCUGGUGCACAAGCGAAGCCUGCAGAAGCAACAACAACAACAACAACAGGGGUAUUAGCAGUAGUUGACACGAAAGCGGCUGGUGAAAACUCAGCAACAGCAACCCAACAGGAUAAAGUCACAACCAAUUUGAAACACUGCGGCGAAAACGACAAGAGUGUUGUGCAGCCUACAGCACUUAUCGUCACACCGCCAACACCUGCCAUUGCCGAAAACAGCAGUAGCUACACAAGCACAAAUAUUCUUGAUUUUAGUCAGAAUAUUUCUACAAAAGAAGUUGAUAGUACAAAAACAAUAGCCCCAAUGCCGACGCAACAAGAAGAAAUAUCACAACCAGCAGUGCAAAAAACACUGCAACCAAGUGAAUCACAACAACAACAACCACUCUCACCGCCAAACAUUAAUGAAACAAUCGAUAGCCAAGCGACCGUCGCCACUGUCACCACCAUCACUAAUACACAGAAUUCUAAUAAUACUUCAUUAUCGCCCAUCUCUUCGUCUUCAUCCUCUUCAUCAUCGACAUCGCCUGCUUCGCUUCAUUCGAAUUCCUCAUCAACAACGACAUCCUCAUCGCUGUCACCUAUAUUUUCCAACAGCUCUAGUGACUCCACUGAUGGUAUUGGUGGUAAUGUUGGUGCUAUUGGUGAGCUCAGUUUGCGUGAUGAACUCUUAAAUGCAGCUACUACCCGUUGCCCACUUGCCGUUUUCAAUGACAAUGAUAACGACAUAACGCUCACCAAAAAUUCAACAACCGAUUUGAGCUCGUCUUCUGCGUUGCCUUUAACAACGGAAGAAUCACAACAACGCCAACGUAAAGUCUCUUGGAUGGCGAACCCAGGCGCUGUGGAUAAAUUAUGUUCACUAUUCUUUCAGCGUAGCUCAUCGCCUGAGAAUAAGACACAAUCAUCGUCAGCGGCUUGGACGCCACCACAAACUAAUCCCACAACUAUGCUACCCUCUACUUUGAACACAACAGUUGCCAUUAAUAAUGCCACAGCUUUCAAUGUUAGUGACUGCACUUUGAGUGACGCCUCCUCACAACAGCUCUUGCAAAAAUUCGUCCAUGCCUCGCAACAGUUAAGUAAGGUAUUUAGACAAAAUCUCUCUUUUGGCAAUGAGGCUACAACAACACCAACAGCAGCAACAACAGCAAAUACGCACAGUGGUAUUACAGCCGGUGCCAGCGGCAACACAAAUGACGCUUUAUCAGGAGGUUCUGAUGGAAGUGUCAUUAGCAAUAUUACACUACCAACAGAACAGCAUGAUAUUGCGCUUAUACCCACCGAAGUGAAGCAAGAAAUUAAAGAGAACAUCUCACCGGAGCAUACAAUCAAUGAGGAGACAUUGCAAAGCUUACAAAAGCUGACAGGGAUUGAGGAGGCGGUGCGUUGUGUAAAGGAGCAGCAGCAACAACAACAACCACUAGGAGCUAUGCUACCAUUAUUGGAGGAUGUGGAUGCGGCGGGGGUGAUUAAAAAAUCGGCAGUGCUCGAAGAUUUCAAUACAAAAGCCACUGGUAAUGCCAAUCUGGUUAGUGGCUUACACGCUGUCGAAGAAGCUAACUUGGCACUGGCGCCAACGUCAGUCAAAACAGAGGAGCCAGUUAGCAGUGCGGCCUCUAACACUUCUGCCAGCACUUAAUUUAACGGUUUUUUACCUUCUAACUGUAAACUUUAAACAAAUUUUAAUUUUUUUUUACAUUUACUUAGAUUUUUUAAUUUGAAAAUUGGGAGUUGUAUUGUUGUAUACCUAUUAUAUUAAUCUAUACAGAUAGAUAUACAGAUAUAUAUAUAUUUGGCGAUAACGCACUUAAGUAAUUUAAAAUUAGUGGAUUUUCUAAUCUUUGUGCUAGCUUUAAGAAGUAAUUACGCGCUUGCUUCGCUCCCUCUUUUUUAUUUACGCUUAGGCAGUGUAUAUUUUUUUCUUAAAUUACAACUACACUAAGUUCGAAAGUGUUGAAAAUAUGCUAUAUGCUGUGUUUACCGCUAGCAAACGGAACUUUUAUUACAUUUAUGUAUUUUCUCAAACAACGCUUAAAUUAUUUCCAAGUUUCACACAGCCGUUGAAGCUGUUGAAGCCGUUAAGUGUUGCCGCAUGAAGUCUACUACAAAACUGCUAGUUCGUUUUUGCAAUCUCAAUUGCUGUCUAACGCGUCUUACUAGAAUAAUUUCCAUUGAACUUUUGCAACUGAGGAAUAAUAAUGUGAUUUCAAAUGCGAGCGUAAAUGGUGAAUUAAUGGGUUUUAUUAUUGUUCUUUUACAAAACAAUGUUGUGUGUGUGAGUGCGUGUGCGUGGAUGUAUGUUCAUAACUGUAAAUAUGUAUUUGGUUAUGCCUAAAAGAAGUAAAUUUAGGUAAUGGCGUUACCUGUUGAGUUGCAUUUGAUGUCGAAAUGAUGCUAUAAUUAUGUACAUAAAUAUUUAUUUAAUUUUCAAACCGCAGUUUGGUGUUUUGUGGUGAUAAUUCAGUUUUUGUAGGCGCUUGCACAGACCCAUACAACAAAAAAACGUGACAUUCUUAAAGCAUUACUGCGCAAUUGCAGCUUAUCGUCCAGGGUUUAUUGCACUGUUUCAACCCGAUGUAUGGCAAACAAGUCGUUUGAGUUAUUGUGAAUAAUGCUAAUUUAAAUUACAAAAAAAAAUUAUUGAAAAUAAACGAAAAAAGUAUGGUUCCAGCAAAUACAUCAACAUUUAAAUAACAAAAAAAAGUAUGUAUAAAUCAAAAAUUUAAUAUCAAAAUUGUGUAGCACUCACAACAAAUUGUGUAAAUUGCGUGGAGUUCGGUGAUGUAAUGCUUUUUUUGGUUUUUAAUCAAGAUCAACAAAGCAGCAUCAAUUUUCUUUAAGCAAACGCCAAAUUUCAAAAAAAAAAAAAAAUAAACAAAUUUUUGAAUGUGUACUUAUUAACACAUAUUUUUUAACAAUUAU